CUUCGUUGAGAUAAGAGUGAAAGUGUUCUAAAAAGAAAAAAAUAAAAAUUCAGUGCAAAAAAAUUACUUCUUGUUACAAAAAAAUGGAUUCUUAUCCGCGACACAUAAUUUGGAACAACCACGACAGUCACAUGACUUCAUCAGUUCGUGAACUUUUACAAAAUAAAUCGCUAAUGGACAUUUCCAUCGUUUGCGGCGACAAAUCCUUCCAUGCACACAAAUUGAUUCUUUCCGCUGCUUCGCCCUUCUUUCAUCGUCUCAUCGAGGAAAAUCCCUGCAAACAUCCCAUUCUCAUCCUGAACGACUACCCAUCGUGGAUUAUCGAGCAAAUAAUUACUUUUAUCUAUUGCGGCGAAAUUCGCAUUCCGCAAGAAGCCAUUUUUGCAUUUUGUGACAUCGCGCGGGAAUUACAAAUCAAAGGCUUGAAUUUCGUGUCAGAAGUUAAAAGUCCUCUGAUUUCGCCCGUUUCAAAUGUCUCGUCAUCGUCUCAACCUCGUCGAAAGCAACCAAAGCCUCAUCGCCUGUCGGAACACGAAAAUGUUGGAACAGCAGCUCCUUUGGAUUUCUCGAUCAAGUCAGAAAAGUCAGAAUGUGUGAGUACGAGCAAUGUAUCGACGACGAUCGAAGAGCCAUGUGUGAAGCAAGAUAACGGUGCCAAAGAGAUGUGUGUCGAACGACGAAACAGCGUAUGUGAUACAGAGAAAGAAACGAAACUUUCGAAGACGAUGAUGAGUGAUAAAGAAUUGUUGAGUUUGCCGUAUCCGAGUUUGCAAUCUUUUAAUGCAAAAAUACCUCUCGAUGGUCUCUCGCCUGAUCUGAAAUCAACAAAAAUUAAGGAAAAAAUUACUUCUGAGAAACUUAAUAACACUACUCCGUACAACAAAGAUUAUCCAUUUAACAUUCAACGACAACAUCAAUCGGCACGCGGAGGACCACCCCGCAGUUGGACAAAUCAGGAUUUACUGAAUGCCUUGGAUGACGUUUGGAGCAAACGGAUGAACACAAGUCAAGCAGCGCGUUACCAUCGGAUUCCUUAUAACUCCUUGUUGAUGUACGUUCGAGGCAAAUAUGGCAAAACGUUGAAUAUUAAGCUGAAUGACAGUCAAGAGCAACAAAAAAUGAUGAAAAUUCCGACACCAACAAAGACUUCUGCCCUUUUGUCGCCGAGUCAGAUGAUGAUGACGCAAAUUCCGCAACACGCUGAUAUCUUUGGGGAUGAAAAUAAGUUGAGACAAUUAUUUUCGCAGAGCUUUCCGGCACAAGGAUGUCUUCCUCCCGCGGAAUUGUUGCAUAACUUUGCGGUUUUGAGUAAAGCAGCAGCUCAGCAAAAUAUUAAAUGAGAGUAUUUUUAAGAAUUUUUUGAUAAGAUGAAGUCCAGUGUUAAAAAAAGAACGAAUAUUUGAUAAGGUUUGAGUCUAAAAUUUAUUUAAAAUAAAUAAAGAGUAAUAAUAAUUAAUAAAAGUAA